AUGUCUGUAUCAUCUAAACAAUUCAGACAACAAUCAGCCACAGAAUCACGUAGUAUUGAUCUUAAAAAUAAUCCAACAAGAGAUGAUCAAGAAUCAUGCCACAAAAUUCCAAAUAGUAUAUUAAAAGAAUCUUAUAAUAAUACUACUUCACAAGCAGCUAAAAACGAUAUUAUGGGUCAUGCACAUUCCACCAAUAAUAUUUUUUAUAGUACUAAUAAUAAUCAACAUUCUCAACAAGAAUAUAAUCUUCAAAGUGAUAACUAUACACAAAGCUCUGUUUAUGGUAAAGGUGGGCAAAUAGAAAAUUCAUUAUAUAAAUUACAUCAUACACAAGAUUCAGCUGCUACAACAAAUAUCAUGCGUACUAUGAUCAACAGUGGCCCAGGAUAUACAGAAAUUGUCGCCAAUCUCGAUAAACGUCAAUUUAAUAAUCCUUCAGAGAAGCAACAAAUUGAUAUUUUUUUAAAUCAAAGGAUUUAUAAAUAUGCACCAAGUCCAUUACCAAUUAUUGGUCAUAGGCACAAACUCAAAACUCAAUAA